ACCACAAAGGCAAAACAAAGAAAGCCGAAUUACUCGAGCUUUCACUCCUUCAAUGCAACAAGUUGGUUAUAAAGCUUAACUACCUUCAACAAAACAAAAAACCAAAUGCUUGCUGUCUUCUUAAGGAUAACAAACACAUCUGAUUUCUCUCCUUCUCUGUCAUUUGCGUCUCCUUGAUAGGCCAAUGAAGGGUAUAUUUUCAGGCCUAUUGAAGGAGACUCUCUGACCCCAAGAAAUUGAAGUGGAGGUUGAUAUUUUCUUGUUUUGAUCUUCUUGUUCGGUUUCAUCUUUCAUCAUGGGCGACGUUUCUUUGGAACAGAUAAAGAAUGAGAAUAUUGAUCUUGAGAGAAUUCCUGUUGAGGAGGUAUUUCAGCAGCUAAGAUGUACAAAAGAAGGAUUGAGCACCGCACAAGGUGAGGAGAGGCUUAAGAUCUUUGGCCCGAACAAGCUUGAGGAGAAAAGAGAGAGCAAAUUCCUCAAGUUUUUGGGUUUCAUGUGGAACCCGUUAUCAUGGGUCAUGGAAGCAGCUGCCAUAAUGGCCAUUGCUUUGGCUAAUGGAGGAGGCAAGCCUCCGGACUGGCAGGAUUUUGUUGGUAUCGUUGUAUUGCUUAUCAUCAACUCCACCAUCAGCUUCAUCGAGGAAAACAAUGCAGGCAACGCAGCUGCCGCUUUGAUGGCUGGUCUUGCCCCCAAAACAAAGGUUUUGAGGGAUGGAAAAUGGAUGGAGGAAGAUGCAUCAAUUCUGGUACCAGGAGAUAUGAUCAGCAUCAAGUUGGGAGAUAUCGUCCCAGCUGAUGCUCGUCUCAUGAAAGGAGAUCCGCUCAAGAUUGAUCAGUCUGCUCUGACUGGUGAAUCCCUUCCAGUUACAAAGCAUCCCGGCGAAGGGGUUUUCUCUGGCUCAACCUGCAAGCAAGGUGAGAUUGAGGCUGUUGUUAUUGCUACUGGUGUUCACACCUUCUUCGGCAAGGCAGCUCACCUUGUUGACAGCACCAAUAACGUUGGCCAUUUCCAAAAGGUGUUGACAGCUAUUGGUAACUUCUGUAUCUGCUCAAUCGCUAUCGGUAUGCUGGUUGAGAUUAUAGUGAUGUACCCAAUCCAGAACAGGAGGUACAGAGAGGGUAUUGAUAACCUCUUGGUGCUUCUCAUUGGAGGUAUCCCAAUUGCUAUGCCUACAGUCUUGUCAGUGACAAUGGCUAUUGGGUCUCACCGUCUAUCACAGCAAGGUGCCAUCACCAAGAGAAUGACCGCUAUUGAAGAAAUGGCUGGAAUGGAUGUCUUAUGUAGUGACAAGACCGGAACUCUAACCCUCAACAAGCUUACCGUGGACAAGAGCCUUAUUGAGGUGUUUAUAAAGGAUAUGGACAAGGAUACCCUUCUAUUACUUGCUGCUAGGGCUUCCAGAAUUGAGAAUCAGGAUGCCAUUGAUGCUUCAAUUGUUGGGAUGUUGGGCGACCCCAAGGAGGCAAGAGCAGAAAUCACCGAGGUGCAUUUCUUACCCUUCAACCCUGUGGAAAAGCGCACUGCAAUCACUUACUAUGACAACAACGGUGACUGGCACAGAAGCAGCAAGGGAGCUCCUGAGCAGAUUAUCGAACUCUGCAACGUAAAAGGGGAGACGAAGAAAAAGGCCCAUGAAAUCAUUGACAACUUUGCCGAGCGUGGCCUUCGUUCCCUAGGAGUUGCUCGCCAGAGAAUUCCAGAGAAGACCAAGGAAAGUGAAGGAGCACCGUGGGAGUUUGUGGGUCUCUUGCCUCUUUUCGACCCUCCAAGGCAUGAUAGUGCUGAGACUAUCCGUCGAGCCCUUGACCUUGGUGUCAAUGUUAAGAUGAUCACUGGUGACCAACUUGCUAUUGGCAAAGAGACUGGCCGCAGGCUUGGGAUGGGCACAAACAUGUAUCCUUCAUCAUCUCUCCUUGGUAAUAGCAAGGAUGAGAGCAUUUCUGGCAUUCCAGUUGAUGAGCUCAUCGAGAAAGCUGAUGGAUUUGCUGGAGUCUUCCCUGAACACAAGUAUGAGAUUGUGAAGAAGCUACAAGAGAGGAAGCAUAUCUGUGGUAUGACAGGAGAUGGUGUUAACGAUGCCCCGGCAUUGAAGAAGGCAGACAUUGGAAUUGCUGUGGCAGACGCAACUGAUGCUGCCAGGAGUGCUUCGGAUAUUGUCUUGACAGAACCAGGAUUGAGUGUUAUUAUUAGCGCUGUAUUGACAAGCAGAGCCAUCUUUCAGAGGAUGAAGAACUACACAAUCUAUGCUGUUUCCAUCACAAUUCGUAUCGUGCUGGGAUUCUUGCUUGUUGCACUUAUUUGGAAGUUCGACUUCUCGCCAUUCAUGGUUCUGAUCAUUGCUAUUCUCAAUGACGGAACCAUCAUGACCAUCUCCAAAGAUAGAGUCAAGCCAUCUCCUGUGCCCGACUCAUGGAAGCUCAAGGAAAUUUUCGCCACAGGUGUUGUCCUUGGAACUUACAUGGCAAUCAUGACUGUGCUGUUCUUCUGGCUUGCUCAUGACACUGAUUUUUUCCCCGAGAAGUUUGGUGUGAGGACAAUCAGAGGUAAACCAGAUGAGCUUACAGCAGCUCUUUACCUUCAAGUGAGCAUCAUCAGUCAAGCACUCAUCUUUGUAACCAGGUCAAGGAGCUGGUCCUUUGUUGAAUGCCCUGGUCUCUUGCUUGUCAGUGCUUUCAUUGCAGCACAGUUGGUGGCGACUCUCAUUGCUGUGUAUGCAAGCUGGUCCUUUGCAAGAAUCGAAGGCAUUGGUUGGGGAUGGGCAGGAAUCAUCUGGCUUUUUAGCAUUAUCACCUACAUCCCUCUUGAUAUCAUAAAGUUCAUUAUCCGCUAUGCAUUGACUGGGAAGGCCUGGGAUAAUAUGCUACAAAACAAGACUGCUUUCACAAACAAGAAGGACUAUGGAAAGGGUGAGAGGGAGGCUCAAUGGGCUACUGCUCAACGUACUCUUCACGGUCUUCAACCUCCAGAAACCAUGUUCAAUGACAAGACCACCUACAGAGAGUUGAGUGAGCUUGCAGAGCAGGCUAAGAAGCGUGCCGAAGUAGCAAGGCUCAGAGAGCUUCACACGUUGAAGGGACAUGUUGACUCAGUGGUUAAGAUGAAGGGACUUGACAUUGAGACCAUCCAACAACACUACACAGUCUAAGGAAAUAAAAGAGAUGUAGAAAGAAGCACAUGCAAGUAAGAUAGAGAGAGAGUUCAUAGAGAACAAACAAGAAAACUAAUGUCAGAGCUGUUUUUUCCUGUUCAACAUUUCAUUUAUUAUUUAUUUAAAUUAUAGGAGGGGAUCUUCAUAAGGGAGAUUUGCUGUAGCUCCUUUGGAGAAUGGAAGAAUUCUAGUGGGAAAUUUGAAAGCAGUGAAGAACUCAAGGGGCUACAUAUAUAAUAUAUACAAUAUCUGUUUGUUCUUAGUUUCCUUCCCUUCACAAGUUUUGGUUAGCCACUUUGAAUAAAAGAUUGAUGGGCUUCAAACCCUAACAACAAUCUUAGUUUCCUUUAGCCACGCCUGAUCUAUCACUCCUUUUGAUCUUAUAGAUUGUUUUUGCUUUCGGUGUC